AUGAAUGUAACUUAUGUAACUCUGGGAUUGUUGACACUUUUCUUGGGUUUCAAGUUUCUAUUAAGAAGGAAAAGCAAUGGAAUUACACAAUGCAGUGGAGAGAGAGUUGUUGAGAGAGGGUGUUUGUGUGCCAGUAAUCCUGAAAAGGCUAUUGAGGCGAGGCCCGGGUUAGAUUCUAGCAGCAGAAUUUUGAAAGGCCAUCAGGGUCCAAGUGGUUCGCCAAGAAGAUUGCUAGAGGCUGGGAACCACAGAAUGGAUAAUCAGAGUGAGAGAUAUACUUGUCUUGGUUAUUGCAGUAGUUCUGGAGAAAUGGAGGGAAGAAAGGCAGGAGAGAGUACAACUGAUGGGGUUGAAAAAGGUUUUGAUUUGGCUGGUGUGGACAACAAUAGUUUCUUGGAGCUUUUGGUUUUGCCUAAUGCAAGUUCUCCAGCCUGCAAAACAUCUGGAAUUUCAACGUCAGAGUGUGUGGUUGGUGACAGCACCAGGAACAUACCUGGAAAUUUGGAAAAGACAGAUGACUUUGUUUAUCAACUAAGGCAGAAGAAUGACACACCUUGUGGAGGGAAUGAAGGUAGCGAGCUCCAUAUCGAUGAAAAGUCAGAAGAUAACAUUGGAUUAGAAUCUUUCAUGGUUUCAACUCCAUCAGAGAAGCAAAAUGCCAGAAAGAGAAGGAACAAUGGCAUAGGCUUGAGCAAGAAGCCAUGGCAGAGACACAAGGUGACAAAAUAUAGACCGAAAGUAGUAGUUGAAGGCCAACCUGCAAAAAAUCCAAAACCUCGUCCACCAAACCCUUCGACUUUAAAGCCUCUAGCCCCAAAGCCUUCCACUUUAAAACCACAAAAUUCUGAGCCUUCAACUCCGAAACUUCAGACCCCAAAGCCUUCAACUCCAAUGAAUAUUAUUUCCAAGAAGAGUCCACAAGGGAAUUGGAAAUACAUAAGGAAGGCUUGCCACAAAGCACUGGCCAAUAAAUCAGAAGAUGUUGUUGAUGAGCAGACACUUGAUCCAUAUCCUCAACACGCUACAAGAUCAUGCAGGCGAGCUCUGAGUUUUAACUUGGAAAACCAGGUGAGAGAUGAGAAUGACAUUAAAGAAAUUGUUGUUUUAAAGAGAAGUCCAAAGGAGAAGCAUAGUUGCAUAACAAAUAACUGCCUUAAAGCACAGACGAAGUCCUCGGAAGAUGUUGGGGAAACAGUUCAUCCAAAUCCUGAAAACGGAGAAAAGCCAUGUUUGCAAGCUCUGAGUUUUAAGUUGGAAAACCAUGAGAAAGAAGAGAAUGAUGUCAUAGAGACUGUUGCUUACAAGAGAAGUCCAGAUGAAAAGAUAAAGGACAUAAGAAACACUAGCCUCAAAGCCCCCACAAAUUCCUUUGAAUAUGUUGUUGGGCAAGUAGUUGAUCCCUAUCCUGUACAUCCCAAAAACUUAUAUGGGCGAACUCUGAAUGUGAACUUGGAAAGCCAGGGUCGAGAUGGAAAUGAUGCCAGAAAAAUUAUUCAUCAAUAUCAACGUAGAGGUAAGAGUGUGGACAAAUCUGCAUGCGACUUAGACUUCAACCUAAAUUUGGAAUCUCAGGAAGUCAGCAUUGGUAUGAGAAGUCCAGAAGAAAAGAUAAAGUACAGAAGAAACAGUAACCUCAAGGCCCCUUCAAAUUCCUUUGAAGAUGUUGAUGGGCGAGUAGUUGGUCCCUGUCCUGUACAUCCCGAAAACACAUGCAGGCGAACUCUAAAUGUGAACUUGGAAAACCAGGGUCGAGAUGGAAAUGAUGCCAGAAAAAUUGUUCAUCAAUAUCAACGUAGAGGUAAGAGGGUAGACAAAUCCGCAUGCCACUUAGACUUCAACCUAAAUUUGGAAUCUCAGGAAGUCAGCACUGGUAUGAACAAUAAAGCAGAGAUAGGCACAACUACGAAUUUCAAGAAUGGUGACAACCUGAUGGUUGAAAACCUGCCAGGCAUAGCAUAUGGUUUUACGGAUGCUAAGAGUUGCUCACACAUGGACGUGUCACUGGCAGAAAGAGGGGCUGCUAUUUACCAGAAGGAUCUCCCUGCUACAACUCAAUUUGGUUGUAUGUAUCAGAGGAGAUCCCAACGAAAUCAAUGUCUAAACUACAGCAGGAAACUAGGACCAAAUUUUCCAACAAUAUACAAGAAAAGAAGGAUGAGGAGGCAAAAGGCAAUUGGCGAUCCAGAAUCUUUCAAGGGUGUGCUGACCUUUGAAGACACCCACUCAGGACAAAAGAGUGUUGCACUUGAUAUUGAAGGCUGUUCGCCACAAUGCAUGGAUGUCUUGCUGAAUGCUGAAAGGACACACGACGUAUUUGUAGGAGCAUUGGUUGGUUAUGCUAUACAUAAACCAGAGUGUCUACAUAUCAGCGAUGAUUGUGACCAACUGGUGGUCCCUGUACAAAGUACCCACGGCGCACUGAUUCCAUACAAGGGGCAUUUUGUUCCGUCCAGGAAGCAUAAAUCACCACCCAAUGUUGAUCUCGACUCCGAGACAAUGAGAGCGUUGAAACUGCUGACGGAGAAGGAAGGAAGUGAAGGAGUUCAAGAAGUCAAUGAAGAUAAGGAAAAAUGGUGGGAAGAACAGAGAGAAAUAUUCUGUGGACGGGUGGACUCAUUCAUUGCCCGCAUGCAUCUUAUCCAAGGUAUUACCAUAUUUCACUCUGCAUUUGAAGUUACAACUCCUCUCCUUCACCAUGAGGAAAUCCUUAGAAAAUGGAAUACUGUCAGCGCAUUUGACCAUGAUUGCAUUGGCUUUAAAGUACCGUAA